AUGAACCCAAGAAACAACAAUCCUUUAGCUGAGCACACAACACGCCUAAAGGCAUUUGAAGAUCAAGAAGAACGGACACUAGAAUUCACAAGUUAUUCCAACCCGAGCACGUCUAACGCAGAAGCACCUGCAGUGCAGCUAAAAGCACCAUUUCGCAGACGCUUGCUGAAGAAGAAUGAUGAGCAGCAGUUCAAGCAUUUUUUUGAACUUCUGAGGCAACUGCACAUUAACAUCCCACUUAUAGAAGCCUCAGAACAAAUUCCCAACAACAACUUACCCAAGAAACAGAAGGAUCUGGGAAGCUUCAUAGUCCCAUGCUCAAUCGGAGGGCUAGACGUGGAACAUGCACUGUGUGAUCUGGGAGCUAACAUCAAUCUCAUGCCCCUCUCAAUUUUCAAGAAAUUAGGAAUUGGUGAUGCACAACCCACUUCUGUAACGCUUCAACUCGCUGAAGAACGAUCAUAUAUCUUGAAGGAAAGAUUGAGGAUGUUCUGGUGA